GCAGUAUACAAAAUGUCGGGAGGAGCGGAAAGGUUAAAAACAAAAAGGAAUUUGUCUCCAGGAAGCUCAAAAAUGGCAUGCCAGUUUCGUUGUCUGUGUCUCGAUAUAUAAGAAGUGGAGUAAGGGAUUCAAUCGACCAUCCUUCCUGCUCAGACUGUGGGGAGGGAUUCACUCGGUCAUUUGACCAACUGGCAAGACCAUCAUUUUACACAGGAGAAAGGCCGUUCACCUGCUGAGUGCGAAUGGAUUCACUCGGUUAUCACAAUUGAAGGUUCAUAAGCAGGUUCACACUGGUCAAGGACAUUCACCUGUUCUGUGUGUGAGAAAGGAUUCAGUCAGUCAUCCCACCUGUGGACACACCAGUUAGUUCACACCAGGCAGAGGCUGGUGAUCUGCUGAAUUUGUGGGGAAGGAUUCACUCGGUCAUCAGACCUAAUGGCUCAGCAGCGAGUUCACACUGGAGAGAGGCUGUUCACUUGCUCAGUCUGUGGGAAGGGAUUCACUCGGUCAUCUCACCUACUGGUACAUCAGCGAGUUCAUACUGGGGAAAGGCCGUUUAUCUGCUCAGUCUGUGGGAAGGGAUUCACUCAGUCUGCCAACCUCCAUAGUCAUGAGCGAGUUCACACUGGGGAGAAGCCAUUUACCUGCCUAGAAUGUGGGAAGAGAUUCACUCAUGCUUCUACCCUGCAGACUCAUCAGCGAUUUCACACAGGGGAGAAGCCGUUCACUUGCUCAGUCUGUGAGAAGAGAUUCACUCAGUCAUCUGACCUACUGUGUCACCAGCGAAUUCACACUGGAGAGAAGCCACUCACCUGCUCAGAAUGUGGGAAGGAAUUCACUCGGUCAUUUGACCUAAUGGCUCACCAACAAGAUCACUCUGUGGAGCGCCCAUACACCUGCUCGAACUGUGGGAAGGGAUUCAAUUUGUCAUCUAAGCUACUGAUACAUCCUCAUGUUCACAGUGGGGAGCCGUUCACCUGCUCAGUCUCCGGUAUGAGAUUCACUGAUUCAUCCACCCUACAGCGUCACCAACGAGUUCACACUGGGGAGUGGCUGCUCACCUGCUCAGUCUGUGGGAAGGGAUUCACUAGGUCAUCCCGCCUACUGGUACAUCAGCGAGUUCAUACUGGGGAGAGGCAAUUCACCUGUUCAGACUGUGGGAAGGGAUUCACUCAGUCAUUCAAUCUGCAGAGUCAUCAACGAGUUCACACUGGGGAGAAGCCAUUCACCUGCUCAGAAUGUGGGAAGGGAUUCACUCGGUCAUUUGACCUAAUGGCUCACCAACGAGUUCACACUGGUGAGCGGCCAUUCACCUGCUCAGUCUGUGGGAAGGGAUUCACUCAGUCAUCCAACCUGCAGAGUCAUCAGCGAGUUCACACUGGGGAGAAGCCGUUCACCUGCUCAGAAUGUGGGAAGGGCUUCUCUCAUUUAUCCAACCUACAGAGACAUCAGCGAGUUCACACUGAGGAGAAGCUGAUCACCUGCUCAGUCUGUGAGAAGGGAUUCACUUGCUCAUCUACACUGAAGGUACAUCUGUGAGUUCACACUGGGGAGAAGCCGUUCACCUGCUAAGAAUGUGGGAAAGGAUUCACUCAGUCAUCCCAACUACUGGCACAACAGUCCAUUCACACUAGGGAGUGGCCGUUGUUAUGAAUCCCUGGGUUUCUUUUGCUGUGGACUGUCACUUUAAGAGAGAGAUAGAUUACGAAGAUGAAUCAGAAUGACUUGCAGCUUGUUUAGUUUUAACCAAGGACACAGACAUUCAUAGUCAGAUGGAGGUGAAGGAGGAAAAAUGGAAGGAUCGAAACAAAGUAAGUAAUGGCCAAGGGUCACUGUUUAGAACUUUCCUAUGCCCACAAUGGUGAGUUAAUUAUCGAUUCACUGUACAUCGAUUGUGUGGUUGGCACCUUGUUUGAUCCAUAGGAGUGGAUCUGAUUUGGGGUAUACUGUGAAGACCACUGAUGUGUUAACCAUUGUCUGGCUGUGGUGUGGUAAUUAACUUGAAGACAAUACCCCUUGUGACAAGUCAUUUUUGUGAUAAUUCAUAUGUGAGUUUGAAAUGACGACAGGUAAAAUCUACAGCAACUGCUCUCUCGUUUUACCACCAUGGAGCAUGUGGAAUUCGACAUAAUUGCCUUCUCUUGACAUUUAGCCUGGAUUACAAAUACCUCUCACUCAUCACCUGUUCCGUGAAUGAACUGAAGUUUCAUACUUUGCCAUCUCAAUACUCCAAGAAUUGUUUCCCGGAGCUCCAUAGUUUGAGAGUUUUAUUUAUUCACAUAUAUACACAUAA